UUUGUUUUCAGUGAGCAAGAGGCGAAAUUUGUACAGGAUCGUAUAACAGGCGUGGAGAAGCACUUCGCUGAACUAUGCACGAUAUUUGCAGCGUUUACCAGGAAAGCGGCCAGACUGCGCGAUAAAAGUGACGAGCUUGCAAAAGUAAUACAGGUCUAUGGUGAUUCGGAAAAUAUAAAUCGAUCCAUGAGUACUGGAUUGGAGAACUUUUCCGCAACGUUAUUAGUCGUCGGUGAUCAUAGAGAUACAGAAGUACAAAGAUUGGACGCCAAAGUAAGUGCGCCUCUUUCACAGUACGCAAUGAUUUGCAAGCAUGCACGCGAUGAUGUAAAAAAUACCUUCGCAGCACGCGACAGAGAAUUUACAGGACGAAGGCAAUUGGACAAAGUUCGAGAAAGAAACCCUAGGAAUCGUCAAAUGUCACAAGCCAAGUCUGAACUGAUGAAAGCAUCCGUUGAGAUGUCCCGAGUGGUCAAGGGAUUAGAGGAGCAGAUCAACUCGUUCGAGCGACGAAAGCUGCACGAUUUGAAAUCUGUACUAUUGGAUUUCGUCACCAUCGAACUGAGGUUUCACAGAAAGGCUCUUGAACUUCUGACUAAAGCGUACCAAGAUAUCGUAUCCAUCGACGAGAUUAAAGAUCUUGAGGAAUCAAGAGACUUUAGAGAAACAAUGCGCGCCCCUGACUCCGUCACAAGGCUGGACACAGUAAACAGAACGUCGUUUCGACACGCUUAUUGCUUAACGAACUUAGCUAACCGAUUUGCAUCCUCUCCUGCAACACUGCAGAAAUUGGCUAAUCGAGAAGCCGAGUCUGCUGAUUCCGUACAAACCGGAUUCACCAAUUCAUCCGAGUCGGUCGAAGUUCUCAGGCCUAUCCCACCAAUCCCUAUAUGUCAGAAGUCCUUCAUAUCGUCCAUAAUAUCCAUAAUAUAUCGCAUACCUUCGAAAAUGAUUGUAUUUACACACUUACUUUACUUACUUUUGAAAAAUACUCGAUUUGUACUUUAGAUAUAAAUGUCUAUGAAUAGUUGUUUAAGAUUUAAUAAAAGAAGAGGAUCCUGAAUCAUCUUUAUAAUG